AUGGAAAAUUAUAAUUUCUCUGCUUUAUCUAUAUCUAUAUAAACAGAAACUAAAUCCUCUUAAUCAGAUUAAUAGUUUAGCAGUCCUUUAAAAUCUGAGAAAACUAACUUCUUAGAAUUUGAUAAUCAAAAAUAAAAUAAUGAUUCUGCUUAAUAAUCUCAAGUUGAAGUUUCUAUUUAGAAAGAUUGCUAAGAGAAGAUAGCUUAAACAUCGGAAUAGAAAUCUAAUAGUAUAUGCGGAUCAUAAUUAAAGUAAACUAAGCCAUCAUAGAAUAAAAAGAGAUUAGUAAAAAGAUGCUAAACUACAAUUUUAAUCGGAUAACCCAACCAUAAGCAUAAUUCUUAAAAAGCUGAAAAAUAUUUUGUUAAAAAAAACAAUCAAAUAAUAGAAACUUCCUUUGAGAGAAUAAAAGUUAAGAGAUCAAAUUUUUCUGGAAUGUUUCUUACAAAUUUAAGGUAAUAUUAGAAACCAAUUCAGGUUCGUUAUUUUCGAUCUACAAUCACGAAAGUCCUGGUGAUUGACUAAGAAAUGUUGGCUGCUGAAUUUAUAGUUUUAGCAUUAACAUAGUUCCAAAAUGAUAUCAAAUUAGAUUAAUCUUUGUAUGAAUUUCCAAAUUACAGUUUAGCCUAUUAAAUAGAAGGAUAAGAUGAUUAGUAGGAUUUAGAUGAAUUUUCAUAUCGACGACCACUUUAGAGAUACAAAAGUUUUGGAUCUCUUGAGGAUAUGAUGAAAUCAAGAAGAGAAAGUCUAAAUGAAAUAGAUUAUGAAUAAAAACCUGUUUCCUAGGCUGAAGUUUCAUUACUAGCAGAUGAUGACAUUGAUGAUAAAAUAAUUUAAAUUGAUUUAGAAUCACCUAUGAGAUAUUAUAAAUCUGUUGAUAUUGUACCAAUAUAAGAUUCAAAAUAGUUAGAUAUUGAUUUGCAGAUGGUAAAGAUUUUACAUCAACAACUUCCAAAUCACAUUCUUAUUUUAAUUGAGGAGCCUAUCAGUAAAGGAAGAUUUCAUAUAAAAAUUCGACCAAAUUAGUUGGUGGAAGAAUUAUUUAUAGAAUUAGGUAAGAAAGCCAACAAAAAUUAUAGGAGCACCGAUUAUAAUCUUAAUUUAAAAUAUCCUUGCAUUCACAUGGGGACAGAACCUAUUAAUUUAAAAAUACCUAUCAGUAAAUUACCUAUACAUUAUUUAAUGUUAACCUAAAAGUUUCAAAGUGAGGCUAAUCGAUCAUUAAGAUAAUGUACAGAUAGUUUUACAAUUAAUAUUAAUAAAGAUACAAUUUUCUCAAAAAGUGCAAAUAAAUCUUAUAGAUUUUUAUAAGAAGAAGGCAAAAUGACUGAGAGCACAGAUAAAGUUCGAAAUUAAUAUUCGUAUUAAGAGUAUUAAUUAUUAAAAUUUGAUAAAUAAUUUAAAAAUAAUGUGAUUUUGGGAAUUGAUUAUUUUGAUUUAUAUUACACUUAUACUUAAGAGAGACAGAGAUAAUUUACUAUAGGAAAACUUUGUAAAUCAAUUUCAUAAAUUUUAUUUGAAGAGCCAAUUAUGAAAAAAGAUUAUAGGAGAUUGCCUUUAAAUAAAAUUUUAAAAAUUGAAUUAACGAAGGAUUUUAAUCUGAUAAUAGUUUAUGAGAAAAGCCAAGAUUAUAAAAAAUAACUUCAUUUUGGAAUAGAUGUAAAUCAAGAGAAAUCAAAAAUAGAUCUGCAACAGAAAACUAUUAUGAAUGCUUACAAUAAAUUAGAAUAUUUAGUGGAUUUAUAUAUAAAAUAUAAAUAACAAUUAUGA